UGUGUCACUGUAGCUGUCACAGUGUGGACUCAGCCUCACCCGUCAAGUUUUUUCGCUGCACGGAGCUCGGAUUGCAGAAAUUCUGAAACUAAACACCGCCAAGAUGUCGUCGGAAGUUGCAUCGCGUAUCCAGAAGCCCGUCCUGCGUGGACUCCACAAUGCCACCAUCAAGCGUAACCUGAUUGUGUCCGGCGUCCUGUGCACGAUCGCGGUCGUCGCGAUGAAGGUGCUGCACAACGACCCGAAGGUGCAAGACUACGCCGAGUUCUACAAGACCUACGAUGCUAACAAGGCGUUCCAGCGCAUGAAGGAUGCUGGCCUCCUGCAGUCGGUGAAGAACUAAACGGUCGCACCUCUUAUGUGUACCAUAAGACAGGUGACAGAAUAGUAAUGAAAAGAAAAUGUGGUCGAUAUGUUUUGGGAGGUCGGUGCCGGUUACAUUUCCAUCAUUGGCCAGCGGCACGUUGAGUGAAGGAACUAAAUAAAUCCUGUUCUAAACGUAGCAAA